AUGAUCCACACUCAAAGUGACGAUAGUCCAGAUGACGAAGCAGUUUACCCCUUUCUUAUAGAUUCACCCGAUGAUGGAGGUCAACAUGAUUUUUGCAAGAACUUACUCUACCGCCAUACCGACGGCACUAGUCGAGACAGUGUGCCAGGUGGGCGCGGGAGUGCUGGUGGGGGUGCGAGUGGGGGCGGAGGGGGUCAGUUGGAGGAUGGAGAUCUGAGCAACAACGAGUACUACUGUUCAAUCAGAGACGCCUCCGAAGACAGUCCUGUUCGGCAGCACAGAAUGGAGGAAAUGAGGAAGCAGCACUACAAGGAGAACUACGUGGACUUCCAACACGGAAAACAACUCGCACAGCAGACCAUACAGUCCACCGCUUCCAAAACGCCAGGGUUGAUGGAGAGUAAGAAUGCAGAUGGGGUGGGGGUUGUCAGUUCCAGACAGAGGGAUGGGUCGGAUGAAGCAGGGGGAGCAGAAGAGACCGAGAACACUGAGGAUAUGCUGCCCCCUCUGAGGGGAGGGAUGGAGGGGGAGGAUAACAAUGGUCCACUCUACUGUGAACCGAACAGUCCUUCAGUUGUCGUCGGGUUCAAAGAACUCAGAAAUAAGGUUGAGGAGGACGAGACCGGACGUUUGCAGCGCAGCGCAGAAGUUGGAGAGCAAAAAGAUCCAUCCUCCGAGUUCCAGAGCAAGAGGAAAGCACACUACAAAACAUACGUGCCAUUUGGAAGUGCCAGGAGACUAGCUUCCCAGACACUGGAGCAGGAACAACAGGCAGGCAGAGGGAGGGAGAAUAGCUUGGGGGAGGAGGUGGAAGGAGGUAGACCGCCGAACCCCCCAGUCUCAGCGUGGACACUAGCCAUGAACUGA